AUGUUAGCAGUCGUCAAAAUAAAACAAGAAUUAAGAAGAGCAAAAGCAACAAUUGCGAAUCAGGCUCAAGUUGCUUCGCAAAAAAUAACGGAUGCAGAACGUGCAAGAACAGCAGCUAUCCAAGAAGCUGUCUAUUUUAAAGCAAAAUUGAACGCUUUAUUAGAUGCGUCAGAAUCAGAACUCGCUAGAAUUGAAAUUGAACGUGCAACAGAUUUAGAAAAAAGGUUAAAACAAGCUCUUUUAGAAAAAGAAUCACUGCAAAAUAAAAUAUCACAACUUCAACAAACUUCAAAUCAUGAUAAAAGUUCGCGAAAAGCAGCCGAAACACGUGAAAAGUCAGCUACAACAAGAGCUGAAGAAGCUGAAGAAGCCCAUGCACGUGCAUUAACGGAAUUGGCUACAUUGCAAUCUCGUGCCACCGCAGCUGAAUCUCAAUUAAGAGAAAAUGGUGCACGUUUAACCGAAGCUACGGCGGAACUUUCACAG